AUCAUCAUCAAUCUGUUUACCAUCAAUUCAUCAAAUCGAAUCAAGUCAACAAGAACAACCAAUCCACUUUCUCACUUCUCAAAAUACUAAACUACACUUCACUUCUCAUUCAUCAUCCAUCGCCAUCAUCAUCAUGUCUAAUUCAACUGCCAAGGUGAUGACCACUAUCAGAUCAAAUGUUAAACGAAUCAUUCCUCAAUCUUCAUCUGAUGAGGAUGAUACUCCUAUUCAUCUGGCUAAGCGAAACAAACCUACAACUAACAAUUCAGAUUUCCAUUCUGAUCAACAUAAUCAACCCAUCUCAACUAAAAUCAAUUUAUCAAAACCACCAAAUUCAAUCAUAUCUCAAUUACCUUCAAAACUACCAUCACAUCAACAAACUGAAGAAAGUGAUAGCGAAGAAGAUUUACCGAUUGCAAACACUCAACCAAAAAAACGUACAAGUAAAACUUCAAAUGAGUCUAUCGAUGGUAGUAGUACUCUUACCACUAAUACAGAUUCAACUAAAACCAAUUUAAAAACUCAAGAUGAAUCGGAUUUAUCUGAAGAUGAACCAAUCAUGAAACAAAAAUUACCAUCCUUUAAGAAAAUCAAUCAAACUACUCAACCUUCUAGACGAUCUAUUUCAAAUUCAAAGAAAAUCAAACGUGAACCUUCUUCUGGGGCUUCUUCUGACGAUGAUGCACCAAUUGUCAGUAAAGCAAUGCCUACUAAGAAACCUAGAUUGAGUAAAUCUAUCCAACCAAAGAUCGAAGAACCUGAUAUAAAACCAGUGAUAGCUACUAAACCGAGAUCAGCCGCCAAGUCGAAAAAGAGCAAAGAUAUAAAACCUAAGGUUGAAGAUUUAGAUUCAGUGGCACCUAUCCCAUUGGCCGACAAAAAACCUAUCAAAGCUAAAGCAAAGGCUAAACCCAAUACAACAGCCAGUGCCUCUACUAACGCAGAUUCUAAGCCUAACAAGAAGGGGGCAAAAGUCAAAAAGGAAGAAGAACAGAAAGGUACUGACGAAGAGGCUGAAGACGCAGAGUAUAAAUGGUGGGAACAAACCAAAGAUGAUGACACCAAGAAAUGGGAUACAUUACAACAUAACGGAGUUCUUUUCCCUCCUGAAUAUGUACCAUUACCGAAACAUGUGAAGAUGAAAUAUGAAGGCAAGAGCGUAGAUUUACCGCCCGAAUCGGAAGAAGUCGCUGGAUUUUUUGGUGCAAUGCUUAAUUCAGAUCACUGUCAGAAGCCUACGUUUUGUCAAAACUUUUUCAAUGAUUUCCUCGAGGUUCUCGCACUUCAUCCUCCUAGAGAUCGAACAAAAAUCACUUCGUUUGAAAAAUGUGAUUUUACACCAAUCUUUGAAUAUUACGAUGCCGAAAGGGAACGUAAAAAGAGUUUAUCAAAAGAAGAGAAGACGAAAUUAAAGAAAGAAAAAGAUGAACUUGAGAAACAGUUUCAAUUUUGUUUAUUAGAUGGUCGUCAAGAGAAAGUAGGGAAUUUCAGAGUUGAACCUCCUUCUUUGUUCAGAGGUAGAGGUGAACAUCCUAAAACAGGUCGAUUGAAGAAACGGAUCUAUGCUGAAGACAUCACAAUCAAUUGCAGUAAAGAUGCACCCAUACCUAUUCCACCAGCUGGUCAUCAGUGGGGAUCGGUAGUACAUCUUGAUAAAGCGAGUUGGCUAGCGAUGUGGAAAGAAAACAUCAAUGGCGCAUUCAAAUACGUCUUCCUAGCACCUGGCUCUUCACUCAAAGGUCAAUCUGAUAUGAAGAAAUUUGAGAAAGCUCGACAACUGAAACUCCAUAUCGAACGGAUCCGAGCCGAUUACCGACAAGAAUUAGAAGAUAAAGUUAUGGCUACAAGACAAAGAGCAACAGCAAUGUAUCUAAUUGAUGUUUUAGCACUUAGAGCUGGUAAUGAGAAAGGAGAUGAUGAAGCGGAUACAGUUGGUUGUUGUAGUUUGAGAUAUGAACAUCUCACACUUGAACCUCCUUCGACUGUUACCUUUGAUUUCUUGGGUAAAGAUUCAAUUCGAUUUUUUAAUACGGUUCAGGUUGAUGAAGCCGUCUUCAAGAAUUUGAGGAUUUUCAAAAAGGAACCUAAAGCGAUUGGGGAUAUGAUCUUUGAUCGACUCACUACUUCCUCACUCAAUAAGCAUCUUUCAGAUUACAUGCCAGGUCUAACUGCGAAAGUGUUCCGUACAUAUAAUGCUUCAUUCACAUUCGAACGUGAAUUGGAAAAGAACAUGAACGAACUAAAAGUACCAACUUUAGCCGAAAAGAUUUAUGCUUAUAAUAAAGCCAAUCGACAAGUAGCCGUCUUAUGUAACCAUCAAAAGAGUGUUAGUAAAGGACAUGAAACAUCAAUGGAAAAAGCGUAUGAAAAGAUCAAAGCAAUGAAAUAUCAAAGAAGAAGACUAAGGUAUCAAUUGAUAUCUAAUGAAGGAUUUGAGAAGAAGAAACACAAGAGAUUUUUAGAGGAUGAGAGUGACAUCGAUGAAGAUUGGAUGGAAGCACAUGAAAAGGAUUUAGGAUUAAAAGAAAUUGAGAAAGUAACUAAGAAAUUUGAAAAAGAUAAUUUAGCAUUAGAAAAAGCCGAAGAAUCUCCUAUGGAUGAAAGUGAAUUAAGAUUAAGAUUAAAAGAAGCAGAAGCACAUGAAGCUAUGAUUCGAAAAGAAAGAAUUAGUAAAAAGAUUGAAUCAGUCAAAAGUAAACCGAUUGAUCAAAUCAUUUUAGCUAUUGAAAAGAUUGAUACUAGAAUUGAAGCUGCUAAAACGGCUUGUAAAGAUAAAGAUGAAGGAAAAGAAACUAGUUUGGGUACUUCUAAGAUGAAUUAUAUCGAUCCUAGAUUGACUUAUGCUUGGUGUCAGAGGAAUGAUGUACCUGUUGAAAGGAUGUUUGCUAAAACUUUACGUGAAAAGUUUACUUGGGCAGCUUCUACUCCAGGAGAUUGGAAGUUUUAG